AAAUCAGUUUACUGUUUCUAUAAAUAAUUUACUUCAGAAAUUAAAAUACUAAAUUGUCUGGUUUCUUUCUUUGAUCAUUAAGAAUUGUGGAUCAGAACUAGCGGACCGUCUUAAUGAUACCGCCUUUGAUUUUUUCCGGAUUUAUCGUCACACGUUGCUCAAUACUCUCUAAUCGCUAUAGACCUCACGAGGGGUGUUGUGCUGCAGGUUAAGCCAGGAAUUUUUCCAGUUAUUGUAUGAGUCAAAAAGCAGAAAAGCCAGUACUGUCAGGUCAGCGCAUAAAGACCAGAAAGAGAGAUGAAAAAGAGAAAUAUGACCCUACAGGCUUUCGAGACACAGUUCUGCAAGGACUUAAUAAAGCUGGGUCUGACUUAGAGGCAGUGUCAAAGUUCUUGGAUACUGCUGGGUCGAAGUUGGACUACCGGCGUUAUGGGGAAGCACUAUUUGAUAUCCUCAUUGCUGGAGGACUGCUGGUGCCAGGUGGUUCUAUUGCCCAGGAUGGAGACAAGCCUUACAAAACAAAUGCUUGUGUGUUUGAAGCCCCAGAAGACAUGGAGUCGAUGCACAGCUAUGAACAGGAACACCUGGUAAAAGAUAAUCUUGCUUUGGACUUUCUUAUGGAAGUAUUUGUUACUUGGAAACAAGAAAAAGGCAUAACACCCCUAACAACAGCAUUGAAGAAAGGUGGAAUUGAGAGCAGACUAAUGGAGUUCGUACCAAUGAACAAACGGACAGAAGAAUAUUUCCGUGCUGUCUUUGAAGAAAAAGGUUUAGCUGAUAUUGUAAAACUUCAUAAAGCUCAGGCUAGCCAAGAAGCCAAAAGAGAUCUGCAAUCCCAACUGGAAGAGCAGUUGUCAGAAGGCCGGCCAAUUAAAGAUAUUGUUGCAGAUAUUAAGGAAACUGCAGCCAAAAGUGGAAUUCAAGAACAUGAAAUGAUAACAUUGGUUUGGUCAACUGUGAUGUCUCAAGUUGAAUGGAAUAAGAAAGAAGAAUUAGUUGCUGAACAAGCUCUGAAACAUUUGAAACAGUAUACACUUCUGUUUGAAGCAUUCACUACUACUGCUCGCUCUGAGUUGGCUCUCAUGCUCAGAAUUCAAGAAUACUGCUAUGGCAAUAUGAAUUUUAUGAAGGUUUUCCAGAAGAUCAUCUUGCUUUUCUACAAGACUGAUGUCCUGUCGGAAGAAGUUAUUCUUAAAUGGUAUAAAGAAGGCCACUCCAUGAAGGGCAAAAUGAUGUUCCUGGAUCAAAUGAAGAAAUUUGUUGAAUGGCUCCAGAAUGCUGAAGAAGAAUCUGAGUCAGGGGAAGAAGAAGAUUAACUGGACAAGUGGUUCCCCGCAUCACUGGCUCACAGCCUCUUGAAUCGCUCUCAAAUAUUGCAUGUUCAGCUGAUGCACGGAGUAAAUUGAAGAGUAUGUACUCUUGAGUAAAAUAACCCUCUAGAAGCAUGGUGAAAAACUUAUGUUCUACUCAAGAGUUAAUAUCUUAAAAUAAAUACUUACUCUCGGGGUAACUACUCUCAACAUUACUUGGCUGUUGGUGAAACCGGCAAGCAUGAAACAUCAGCAAACAUGUGGUUGACAUUGCUUCUGCUUCAUUCAUCCUAGAUCCUGAGUUUGGAAUUUCCAUGAAGGAAGGGUGGGGUAUAAAUUUGGAGGUACAGAGGUCUAUAGAAGAAGUCCGACAGUAUUCCUAUCUUCCGGUAGUGCAUUUCUUUAAGUGGGUGGAGACACGACAAAAAAGUACUUCGGACAUAAUGUAAAAACUUUCUAUAAUUUUUUACCUUACUGAGGUUUUAAUUAAAUUUCUUUAACAUUAAUUGUGUGGUUUCCUGAAUAUUUGUUACUUUUUCUUUUUUUUUAAUUUCUUAAUUUGUUAAGAGAGGACGACGUUUUCAUCUCUGACUUGUCUGGUGCCUUAUUGAUUCUCAUGUAGCCAGCGAUUCGUAAAUAGAAUUACUAACAACGUUAAUAUUCCAGCAAAUAAUGAUGCCUCAUUUGUUAAUUUCCGAAAAUGUAUCUGUUAAAUGUUGUACUCAUAAUUUUUAAAUAAAAAUAUAUAUUGUCAGAGAUGAAGAUGUCAUAACAAAUGUCUGUACUGUAUCAUUGUAUAAAAGGAUAAUCAUGGACAUGAUAAUUGUAGUCAUCAGUUAAAUUCAGGUCAGACCAGACCUCUCUUUUAAACAAUUAUGUUCCAAUGCUGUAAUUCCUUUGAAAAUGUUAAAAUUGAGCUGCCAAAUAGGAAAAGUUGUUUUAUAAAUGAAAUUUAUUUUAUCUACGAAUUGAAGAGUCUUUCCUGAUUCUGUUUCACUCAAAAAUUGGAGUGACAACUACUGUGGGCAACCAGCACAAAUUCAAACUAAUGUCGUAUAAAACUUUUGAAAUCAUUUCUGCUGUGCAGUUAUUUUCUGGCAAGACGUUUAGAAGAUGUAGUUGCCAUUCCGUUUUUUUAGUGAAAUACAGAAUACAUUAUGAAUGUAUUGAAACGUAGGUGAAUAUAAGAGACAAGUAAUUAUUGAAUAAAGUUUGAUAUCUCCCCAGACUAGAAUGUGAAAUAUGUGGACAGUUUUAAGAUAUAAAAUCACAAGCUUUGUACUUUUUAUAGUGACUGUAAAGUGGGAGUGGCAUUGGUUCAGGGAUUUAUGUGUAACCAACCAAUCAUGUAUGGGUCUAAUAAAAAGAUUGUUUAAAUUACCCAAUCAGUAUGUGUUAAAAGUGUCUUCGUACUUACUACUCAUUAACAGUAAAAUUUACUUGCGAUUGCAAAGUCUUACACAUACAUGCCAUGUGCCCAAGAGGAAUUCUGUAAAAGAAGUUGGCAUGUCUGGGGAGCAGACAUUUUUUGUGGCAGUGUGCAUGAAUUCUUCGUUGUUUUAGGAUUUCAUUUGUUCCAAUAGGAAUAAACUUGUGCUUGAGACUACAUGGAAUAUAUGUUGGACAUUUCAUUAUGACUUCUUUCUUUUUUUUUUUUUUUUGGAUAAAAUAUUUGGUUGUAAUUCCAAGACCUGUAAAAUGUGAGAUUUAAAUUUAAUUUCACUUCUCCCGAGCUCACAGUUUUGGUGGUUCUGUUUUUUGUUUUUGUUGAAUCUAAUGAAAUGUGUGAUUUCAUGUAGUAUUGGAACUUAGCAUUGUAACAUUGUCACUUAACUGUAAUGAAUUUGACCUUUUCUUAAUAAAGGGAUCGGACACGAACAAUCGUGGGAAGGACCAAUCAUGUUGGAGCAUAA